CAAACUCACCACGUGGUUGAUAAUAACAUGGGUGGGCUCGAGGGGGCGGUGGUGUACUGUCAGUGAACGUUAGGAAACUCCUGAACGUUGUCGUACGUGGAUGAAGUUCAGUAAUGAUUCAUCUCGCGGGGUUUAAUCGUUAAAUCACGCUUUAAGAAUAUCGGCCUGACGGUGUAACGCUUAACUACACCCGACGGUUGACCUUUGGCUCGAGGGGACGGCGGGGAGGAGGAGGAGGAGCAGCGCGAGCGGAACGUUAGCUAAAUUAGCUUAGUAACGGUUAGCCAUCAGGAAGAAGUGACACCGAAAACACGGACGAGGAGAGGCCGGUCUGCGGGUCAUGGCUUCCCUCGGUAACUCCGGGGCUGUUUCCAGUCCGAUGGUGAUCCUGGCUCCGAAGACCAAGACGAAGAAGAAACAUUUCGUCCAGCAGAAGGUGAAGGUGUUCCGAGCCAGCGACCCCGUGCUGAGCGUCUUCAUGUGGGGCGUCAAUCACUCGGUGAGUCGGUGGAGAGAAGGAGAAGAAGCCGCUGGGAGUAACCGCGAUGUAACAGUGUCAGGGAAAUUCAGCUAGCUCGGUUAGCUUUAGAGUUAGCAGGCAGGGACUAAAUACUCUGAGACAGUUUAUAUUCUGAGUGAAUGUAUAUACAUAUAUAUAUAUAUAUAUUUACAGGUGCUCUACACUCACUUGGACACCUGUCUCUGAUACACCUGUCUGAACACACCUGAGUCAUUAUUCAACAGCAGUUCAAUAAUGUGUCAUCUCUGUAUUUGUAACAGCUAUGUAUCAGUAUGUAUCCCAUCAGGUGGGACUAAAAAAUGUAGCAGAACAAGUGUAACAUCAGUUUAAGUUUUAUAUUAUCUCAUAAAUAACCUCUCAAAUCGUCUAAAUAUGUUUGCAGAUGUCACAAAAAAUAGGUUUCGAUGUCAGCUAAUUUUCUAGUCAUGCUCAAAACCCCAUCAGUGUUACUCCCAGAAUAAUCAGUACUGACUUUUAAUGAUACACAAGCCAUUAUCCAUGCUUUUAUCCACUCAUGGUCGCAUUAUUGUGGUGGUCUUUUAACAGGUUUGUGCAAAAUAAAUACACGUCAGGAGCUCAAGCAACAAAAAUAUCACUCACACCUGUCUGACUUGUAUAAAAUCAGACUAAAAAAACAUUUUUAAGUAAGUGUAUGAGUGCAGAUCAGAUCAAAAAUGAGUGUCUGUUAAUGUUAGGGCUGGGCGAUAUGGGAAAAAGUUUAUCAUGAUACAUUUUUUUCAUAUCAGUUGACAUUGAUACAUUAUAGGACUGGGGGAUUAUAUGAUCGUGAUCAAUGAUUGUGAUAAAUUUCAGUUCGAUCACGGUGAUCAGCUGUGAGCAUAUGUGCUGAUCAAACAUAGCGGAAAUGUGCGUCACAACAGCCAAUCAGAGUCGAGCUUUUCCUGCUCACUUCUGUAAGUUACAGGAGAAAUAAACAGAAUGACUGAAUGUGGAGCCAAAGGCGGAGCUGAGGGCAGCAAAACAGAUGUUCGCCAUGACUUUGAGUCAUCCUCUGAAGAUGUUAUUGUUGAGAAGUUAUUCAACGUCGGUUGUGUGGCGGUAUUUUGUUUUUUUGAGGUCAGACAUGAAGCAGAGUAAUGUGUACUGUAAAUUAGGUCGAGUACAUGUUCUCACAAAGUCGGGGAAUACCUCAAAACUUUUUCACCACCUGAAGCAGCGCCACGCCGCAGAGCACGCACAAUACAAAAGGUUACAAACCCCAGCCGGAGGGAGGAGCCCAUGGCGCCUGUGCAGCCAAAACACCCGACCAUUCAGACCACUUUCUCCAGAGCAACGCCUUACGACAAAACGUCAAAGAGACACAAAGACCUCACAGAUGCAGGAGAUUAUUGUAUUGGAAAAGACAUACUUCCAAUAAGCACUGUUAAAUUUCUUUUUUUAUAUCGUGAUAUAUUACGACAUCGACUGAUGUGAAAAAAAUAUAUUGUGAUAAUCUUUUUCACAUAUCGCCCAGCCCUACUCACACCUGUCUGACUUGUGUAACGUCAUAUUAAAAGAACAAGUAAGAGCAUAAGUGCAAAGCAUAUCAAAAGUUAGUGUGUAUUGAUGAUGCAGGCUGCUCUUCAUGGCUGCAAAGUCCUCAAAGUGUAAUUUUCAAGUGUAAACGUUGUACCAGGUUGCAGUACUAGUUGCAAGUUCUGACUCAGUUCUGUCCUGGCAUUAAAACCUGCACUGUUGGACCUUCUAAUAAAUACAGUCAACAUGACGUGUAAAAGCCAGGUGACGUUUCCACCUCAGAUUUUUAAACUGAAGGAGGUUGAGUGUUAUCUGUUUUCGAAACGCUCUGCCUGAGAAACUCAAACUCUCUACUCCGACAUCUUCUGAAGACCUAUUUUUAAUCCAAAGACUUUCUCGUGAAUUCCUCCCCUCUUCUUCCAGAUCAACGAUCUCAACCAGGUGCCUGUUCCUGUCAUGCUGCUUCCUGACGACUUCAAAGCCAACACCAAGAUCAAAGUCAACAACCAUCUAUUCAACAAGUAAAAGAAAUAAAUGACACAGUUAAACAGGAUUCAAAUGUAAAUAAAUUAGACUCUGAGCUACCUGGUGAUUUUCAGAUCCUUGUUAGUAUUCCUGUCAGAUAAGUUCAGCUCUCCUUGUGACUAAAAUUGUAAACAGAUAUCAUGUUGGACCGUGGAGUUUGACAGGUGUUCUGCCAGAUGCUCACUCCCCCCUCUGCUGUGUUCACAGAGAAAAUCUUCCAGGACAUUUCAAGUUCAAAGAGUACUGUCCUCAGGUCUUCAGAAAUCUAAGGGAACGAUUUGGCAUCGAGGACCUGGACUACCAAGUAUGUGGUUUGCUCUGAACUGUAAAUGCAAAGACGGGGAUUAUAAAAGCUUCAAUAACUCAGACUCCGUCUCUUAGGUGUCGCUGACCCGCAGCUCCCCCAUGAGGAGUGUAGACGACCAGGGAGACUGUCUGCUGCUCAACUCCUACGACCGGACGCUGGUCAUUAAACAGAUCUCCAGCGAGGAUGUCGCAGACAUGCACAACAUCCUGUCCGAGUAUCACCAGGUGAGGUCCACAAGUCAGAUACUGUCAGCAUGUUCAGAGUUUUUAAUGAUUGAUGAAGUUCUGCUCCUUCCUUGUGUGUUAAUGUCCACAUGCCCGUUAAUUUAGAUGACCCCUGAUCCUUCCUGUUGUGCAGAGGAACUUGUUUUUUUUUGGGUUAUAAUUUCAGUCAUAAUAGAAGAAGGGAAGUUUGUGCACAGGAGUUUGACAAACCGCAAUUCACUUUUUGCCAAUAACUUACCCAGGCUUGGUUAAUCUGAGGGUCUCACAUCAGCUUUAACAGUCAGGACAAGGAGAGAAAUCCGAUUUUGCAAAAAAACUGAAUUAUGAGCUUAGUCUGAUUAAACUGUGCCUGUAAAUGCACUGAAUGAAGUCUCCUGAAAGAGGAAGAGACAUGACGGCAGGUUCUUGUUUUGAUUAAAACUGUCCGACUAAUGAACAACAGAGAAACAACAAACACCCCUGCAGAGCCACAGAGAGGGAGAGAUUCUCCGUCUCCGUUUUGUGAGUUACCCUGCAAAUCCCUGAGAACCCCUGACUGAAAUCUGAAGUCAGAUCAGAAACCUUAAUCCUGCAGACACCCAGUCAGACAUGUUUACUCACAUUUACUCUCACCUCCUGCCUGCUUUCCUGAACUGUGUGUUAAAGCUCUUUUCGUGGCUGAAAACCUUGUGAGACGGUUUGUCACAGAGGUCCUAAAUCGAGCACUUCUUCCUCAGGGAGUAUGUUCUAUUUUAACCUCGUAGGUAAGGGAAGUUGACCCAAAUUUAACUAUAUUUAGCUUUUUGCUCUCCAGAAGUAGAAAAUGGUUAAAGUGCUGAAGAGAUCACGACGAGCAGGAGCCUGAAUUUCUCCUCCUGGUUAUGUAGAAGUGAGAACAAACACGCUGUUAUGAUGAUCGCCGCUUUGUUAGAGAUAUUCAAAUGUUCACAACUGACACAAACACACUCCCCCCUCUCUGUGAUGUUUGUUGUUUUUAAUCCACGUUAGUCACCUUGUUGUUAUCAGUGUGGAUACUUAAAAUCUGGGUCCCACUUGAGGCUAAAAUACCACGGAGUAAACUUUUGGCUGCUUUGAGCUCGGACUGGAAUGUGUAGCCGGUGGUUAGGCAGCCUACAGAGAGGCAGGGAGGGAGACGGGGGAAAAAUGGCAGCUCUGUUCCUGAGUGUUUAUUAUUUCACUUGGCCCUGAAUGAACUCCUUGUUAGCAGAGCUCCUGCGUUGGCAUCACACAGUCCCGUCAGUUUAUCAGGACGGUUUGCAGAUUGCAGUUUUUAUGACAUUUAGAGCAGAAGUUAAACUAACAGCUGUUUAAACAGGUUAUUGAUUUCAUGUUGAGGAUUUAGAUUUAUACUUUUUGGUCCUGAGGUCGUGAGUCGCUGUUUUACACACUGAUUUAUUUAACCGACACUCAUCAAUGACUCAGCGCUUUAAUUAAACAGCCGUGUCAUCGAUUAUGCAUUGACAGAUUUGGUCGUUUUGGUUUACAGGUUCUAAUUUGUUUGUUUACAGCAGUGUUGAACGGGACGUCAUCACUCUGAGAGGUGUUUGUAAUUAUUUCCAAAAACAACCUCAGCAGAUGAUUUCAGGUGGAUUUAUCACAACAAAGUGGAGAAGUCUGGACUUAAGAGACCUCAUCAUAAAUCCAAGUGUGAGAUUGUAGAAGCUUAAGUUGUCUGUUGUUUCCUUAGAGGGAGUGGACUUGACUUAUUUCUCAGUCAGUGAUUCUGAUAGAUGAGGUUUUGAUGAGUCAUCUUAGUUUAUGGGGGUUUAAAACAGUUUCUCAAAGACUCAGUACGUUUACAUGACACUUGAGAAAACUGAGUUAUCGCCUUACUCCGAUUAAGACCAGACAACUGAAGUGCAUGUAAACACCUCAGUCCGACUAUAGAGAACUAGACACCUCGAUAAUGCGAUUGGAAUUCGGUUUUCUCUGCCAUGUUACCAGCGUAGUCGGAGUUUGAUCGGACAAUGCAUGUGCAUGUGCAUGUGCGCCAAGCCCCCGUAACCGCGGAACAAAAACACCAGAGAAGAAGUGGCGCUAUCAUUUUAAGAACUCUGGACCAAGUUGGUGGAACCAACUGCAACAUGGCUGAAGCACGAAAGAACGUCCACUUUUGGAAUCACGAGGAGAACGCCGUUUUGCUUUCCGUCCUGACAGAAAUGGACAUUUUAAAGUAUAGGGACGGUCGCAAAACGAGGAACAGAGACAUCUUUAAAAAAGGUCCAAAAACAGCGCCACUGAAAUGACCCAUAUCGCCCCCUAGUUUUGCGGAGGAGGACACGUUCACGUCACUGACUCGAUUUCCUCAGCUGCAUGUAUAGAUGGACACGGAGUGAAGUCCGACUCUGCGGAAAACAAAUCAUGAGCUUAGUCCGAUUAAACUGUGCAUGACGAUGAUCUUCUUGUGGAUGUUCAGCUCAAAGUCUAACCAGGAGACAUUCAAUCAUGAAUUAAACUGUAAGCCUGAGUAUCUCUCCACAUCUUAAUCUGUGACUCAUGAACCCGUCAUCUUCUCUUUCACUCUAUUUCACUCGUUUGUUCGUUUAUUCCACUGUCCAAAUUUCCUGUUUUCCUCCUCUCUGCAGCACAUCGUCAAGUGUCACGGCAGCACCCUGCUGCCACAGUUCCUCGGGAUGUACCGGGUGAGUGUGGACAAUGAGGAGACCUACCUGAUCGUCAUGAGGAACAUGUUCAGCCACAGACUGGUGGUGCACAGGAAGUACGACCUGAAGGUGAGGCAGAGCUUCAUGCAAAACCUGACCUUUUCUGAACACGCGUCUUUCUGUCAUCGUGGCAGUUAUGAUGCAAACUCAGAGCUGACUGAGAGGCUGGAAAACACAGGAGUUUACUCUCAGGGAUCGACACUUUUAGGUGAUUGAAUCUCUUUUCCAGCUCCAUAAUAAUCAGAUUUCUUCUUGCAGGGUUCUCUGGUUUCUCGUGAAGCGAGUGACAAAGAAAGGGUGAAGACACCUCUCCUUCUUACUGUUUCAUACCCUCGUUUGGUCUGUUGUCUCUCUGCUAAACACGUGUCCUUUUGAUUCUUUCAGGGUAAAGAGCUUCCCACCUUCAAGGACAUGGACUUCAGGAACAACAUGCAGAAGGUGUACGUCACCGAGGAGCAGAAGGAGAAGUUCAUGGAGAAGCUCAACAGAGACGUAGAGGUGGGGGAUUGUUUUAUGUGACAGCUCGUUGCUUUUACACACAGACACCACACAGCGGCAGCAUCUGCACACGAGAACUACUCUGAUCCAGGUCUCUCUGUCGUCCUCCAGUUUCUGGUCAGGCUGAAGAUCAUGGACUACAGUCUGCUGCUCGGCAUCCACGACAUAGGCCGAGCAGAACGUGAAGAAGAGGAGGGCGAAGAGGUUUCAAACGAGGAGGACCCAGAGGCGGAGAACGGCCUGACACAGGGGGCCACAGUGGGCUCUUACGGCACGUCUCCGGAGGGAAUCGCCGGCUACAUGUCUGCCUGUAAGCCUCUGGGGCCCGGGGAGUUCGACCCCUACGUGGACGUGUACGCCGUCUCCAGCUGUGCAGGUGAAUCAAAGACGUUCUUGUUCAUGUUUUCAUACUUUUGUGCAGUUUAGGUUUGCCAUGACUUUAUGAAUGGAUGGAUUCAUGACUCCUGCCUUUCCAGAGUCAGUUUGUUGUGAGUGUUUUUGCACCUUCAGAGUCGUCCUGUCCUUCUGUAUCAGUGCGAUCGCCUCCACUUUCAUCUGGAGAAUAAUAAUGAGGCACUUCUCUCCCCCUCGGCUUUAAUCUGGAUGAUUGUGAUGUAUCGUACCGUCGGUAACACAGCCAUGUUUGUUCCCUCGCCUUUCAUCUCAGGAGCCCCUCAGAGGGAAGUCUAUUUCAUGGGCCUGAUUGACGUCCUCACGCAGUACGACACCAAGAAGAAAGCCGCUCAUGCAGCAAAAACCGUCAAACACGGGGUGAGUAGACCGAGAGAGGAAGGAGAAAGGUGAAGGGCUGCCGUCAGCGGGAUCACAACAAUCAGAGUGUACCUGCGCCGAGCGAACGUUUGAUGUUUGCUCGAGUACCGUGUCAUGAAGAGUGCGACCCGUACAGAGGAUGCUGACGACCUUUCUCUCUCUCUCUCUCUCUCUCUCUCUCUCUGUCUGUUUUUGUCGCAGGCUGGUGCUGAAAUCUCCACGGUCCACCCUGAGCAGUACGCCAAACGGUUUCGCGACUUCAUCUCAAACAUUUUUGCGUAACAAUAAUAAUAAUAAUAAUAAUAAUAAUGAUAAUAAUAAUAAUGCUGUAAGUCAGUCCAACUGAGAGCGAAAUCUAUAUUUUACCUAUGACCAAAUAUGUUAAGCACACACAUACAGAUCAUUAUUUAAAUGUGGUGAUCUGAGGCGAGACUACUUGUAGCAAUAUGACAUACUUGUACUUCUGAUGCAUAUUUUUAUUAUUAAGAUUUAAGAAGCAUUUCUUAGAGGAACAGACUGACUCUGGAGCAGAGGGGAACAAGUGUUGGACCGUCUCUGCGUCUGGUCCCGCAGACGUAGACCGAACUGAAGGAGUUUGACUUUUUUAGGGAUCAUUUUUGUUUGUUUUGUUUUUCUUGUGAAGUGAGAGACGACGACACUCCACAGUGUGUCUGCUGAAGGUUCCCGCUGAAGUGUUUGACCUCAGAUAGCAGAACAGAAUCGCUCUGAGGACAUGUGACUACAGACCUCUGCUUUUGGUGUUACACUACUUCACUCCUUUUAAAUACAACCCCAAUUCCAAAAACAGCCGAAUGUGAAUACGAACAGAUUUUGAUGGUUUGCGAAUCAUUUGAAGCUUAAAACGUAUCUGAUAUUGAGACUGACGAGUUAGUAAGACAACCAGGUAUGAAAAAGAAAGACUGAGUCAACAAAAUCGUUCUUGUUUAAAUUUACAGAAUAUUUGUCGGGAUUUUUUUUUUGUCUAUGGUGGAUAAAAUCAAAAGAUUCAGAGAAAUUUCUGUCCAAUGGGAACAGAGCUGAAGCAACAAUACUGGCCAUGAUCUUUGCAGCCCUUCACUGUUGUGGGAAUCACUGCAUGACCUUAAAAUGACUCCAAAAGUUGAUUGCUGCAUCCACAAAUAAAGGUGAAAAGGGAACCAUCCAAAUAUGAAACCACGUAAACAUGAUUGAGACACUCCAGCAGAGUCAGAAGGACUGUGGUCAGAUUAUUUAGAAGUCACUCAGCUCCAUAGAAGAGAGGGACCACCUGGGUUGUUAUCAGCAUCAUUUAUGAAAUUAUAUAUAGGGGAUCCUUUUAGUGUUGGUAGCUUAAACAUGUGGAAAGGCAACAUUUAUACUGAUCAAGAUAUGCAGGUUUUGGAGCAACAUAUCAGGAUAGAUAUCACAAAUCAGCAAACAAUGUGUGAGACUAGGGGCUAAAUGGGGCCACCUGCAGUCCUGACUCGUCACCCAUUAAAAUUAUCAGAAAAUGAAACAAGGAAGACCUCAAACUGUUGAGUUCACACAGCAUACAGAGCUUUUUUUUGAAUUGGGGUUGUACACAUUGACAUUACAUGAACACUGCUAUCAAAUAAACACUGAAUUUAGAUUAGCCUCUUCAUUCUGCCAUUCUUAAUGAUUUAAUCUUAAUGCACUUAUUUUCCAACGCUAACAUGUAUUCAAACAGAUGAUGGUAACACUGCAGCAGCACAGGACUCCUCUCUCUCUCUCUCUCUCUCUGUUUUUGUUUGUAACUCUUUGGACGAACUGUUAGCUUGGCUCCCUCCAAAUCACUACAGCAAAGAAAUUAACCAUCAAACACCUCAGCAUCUACAUAUUUAUCUCCAUAACCUUAUUUAUACAAAAUCCUGGAUUUAAAAUCAAUAACAGGAGCCAGUCUAGCAGUUCUUCUUGUUUUCAGUUUUUGUGGUAAACUACUUUAAAUGACUGCUGACUCUAGACUUGUUUCUUGUGGAUCUUAUUUUUCUUAUUUUGGUGAGAAAGCGAAAAAAAAAAUCUUUACACGAGGAAGUAUAAAUGAAAUAAUAGAAGUCUUGGAUCUACACUUGAAGGUUGAUAAUAUUUAUCCAUCAAAGCGGGCUGUUUGUGUGGAUGUUUAGAGUGCCAAACGUGUGGGAUCAAAGCUUUAUCCUUGCAGGAUUUGCACUUUGCAUCAAUAAUUUAAACUCAAUCUCGACUGAAUAGUGAAAUGAAUCUAAUCCUGUUUUCCAACAAAGUCUUAGCAAAACAAAAAAAAAAAUGUACAGAAGGGCUUUGUCAGUUGAGAAGAUAAAUGUGUGGUAUUUAAGUAGAAAGCAUAUCCUAUUAUUUAGCCUGUAACAGUUUUGACAGUCGUGCAUCUCUUUGCCGUUUUUAGCCCAUAAGGAGAACGUGAGGUGACCGACCUUGGAGCGUUUUAUUCUGACGCAGAGCUGAGCCCGCAUUCAUGAAGGAACUAUCUUUACAAUCAGGCUCAGCUCUGCCUUUUCAAUGAAAGGCUUCAUGUGUGCAUGUGUGUUAGUUUGAAAACGCCUUUAAAAACGAGCCCAUCCAUGUUUGAUCUGGACUGACUCCUUUUUGAACUUGUAGUGUAGUGUGCAUUCAGAUGACUAAUGUGGGCAACGUGAAUCCGUGUGAUAGAGUUUAGAGUAAUUUAUCAGUAGACCUAGAAAGUACUGUCUGUGUGUUCAGUGAUCAACAGGGUACUACUGUGGGAAACAUCGUCAACAAUAACACUACAUUUCAGUAGCUUAUGAAGGAAGCCUUAACUUAGUGUCAUGAUACAGCUGAACACUGCGAAGGCUCGACUCUGUAUACGGCCUCAUCUACUCAAUGAUUGCACAUGUUGUUGUAUUUUUGCAAAUCAGCUUUUGGACCAAAAUAUAUUUUACAAAGAAUUUA